AUGCGAGGUGGCGCAGCCCGCGCUGUCUUCAGGUCCCCCGUAGCCCAGGUGGCACCACGGAGAACUGCAGCCACACAGAACAUGCCCGACAAUGCCGCACGCGACAUGCUUGUCAAGCAGCGCCUCAACCGCCCCGUCUCUCCCCACCUCGGCAUCUACCGGCCACAGAUAACGUGGUAUGGCUCCGCGCUCAAUCGUAUCACCGCCUCGAUCCUCUCUGGCGGUUUCUACAUCUUCGGCUUCUCCUACCUCAUUGCGCCGCUCUUCGGCUGGGACCUCAGCUCCCAGAGGCUGGCCAAGUCAUUCGGGUCACUGCCCAAGUCGGUGAAGGUUGGCACGAAGAUGCUGUUGGCGUUCCCGUUCACGUACCACAGCUUGAACGGCGUCAGGCAUCUGGCGUGGGAUCUGGGGUACGGAUUUUCGAACAAGGCGGUUAUGCAGACUGGGUGGGCUACCGUGGCGGCGAGCGUUGCUAGCUCGCUGGGCCUGGCUUUCGUUUAA